AUCAAUACAUGCAUGAAACCAUAACUGUUAAUGGCUGCCCCGAAUUCCGAGCCAGGGCCACUGCAAAGGCAACAGUUGCUGCUUUUGCUGCAAGCGAAGGCCAUUCACACCCGCGAGUGGUGGAACUGCCAAAGACUGAUGAGGGCCUGGGCUUUAAUGUCAUGGGAGGAAAAGAGCAAAAUUCACCUAUUUAUAUUUCUCGCAUCAUUCCUGGAGGAGUGGCAGAAAGGCAUGGAGGACUCAAACGGGGCGACCAGCUGCUUUCAGUUAACGGAGUGAGCGUGGAAGGAGAGCACCAUGAGAAGGCGGUGGAGCUGCUGAAGGCAGCUAAGGACAGUGUCAAACUGGUGGUACGCUACACUCCCAAAGUGCUGGAGGAGAUGGAGGCUCGCUUCGAAAAACUGAGAACAGCCCGGCGCCGGCAACAGCAGCAAUUGCUCAUUCAGCAGCAGCAACAGCAGCAAACUACUCAGCAAAACCAUAUGUCGUAGGUUAUUCUCAAGAAAAAAAAAGCCUCGAUCAAGAGUUCAGUAAUCAAGCAACCAGAACUUCAGUAUUCCAGCAAAAGGAAACAUCUACAGGAACACAAAACAGAAUUCAUCUGGAGAAUGUGCAAUACAAGAAUAACGUAAUUAAGACAGCCAUAGGGAGGGUACCUUCAUGACAAGGCUUUUCAGCACAUGGCACUCGCAGAUACAUAAUACUUCUGUGACUCUGUUCCCAAUGAGAACAGCAUGAUACACAAAUCCUAUGAAGCAGAGAAGUCCAGGGCUUCCAAAUAAUUCUGUUUGAUCUAAUCUUGCACUCCUUACUCUGACAAAUUGGCCAGUUGGCUUUCCCUAGUCAGUGGAAGCUUUUUUUUAAGGAGAUCAAGAUUGGCUGCUUUUAGGGACAGCAUAUUUCUCUACGAUUAUCUCCAGAAAUGAACAACUACAUCAGUUCAAAAUUUUGCCACAGACAUCAAACUCAUACAUCACGCUUCGUAGCCACUUUGUACUGUAUAUUG